AUGCCCAGGACCGAUGAGACCGAUCACAGCGGCGGGGUCAUCCUGGAUGGCCCCUUCGAUCCCGAUGCGCAAGCGACUGUUACGGACUACAUUGAUUACACCGAAUACCUCCCUGCUGACCUCAUCCGCUCCUUGACCCUGAUCCGCGGCCUAGACGAUCGAUACCUCGACUCGGCGCAAGAUGUGCAUCGCCUCAGCAGAAGUUACGGCCAGCUUCCUGAGCUUGCGUCUGAUGAGCGCCCAAGCGCUAUCAGUUUGCGCAAGGAUAUCUCACUUCAGCUCGACCGCGCCAUUAACGCCCGCGAGUCUGCCUACGCCGAAGCAUGUCGGCUGUACGACGUUGUUGAUCGCCAUUUCGACCGACUGAGUUGCAUCCGCCAAAAGUUGGAAGCGCUUCCCAAACCUCCCUCCAGAGAACCCACGCCAAUUCCAGAACCUACACCAAAGCGCGCACGAAAAGACAAGAAAGAGGCCGCGUCCACGACGCGUAUCACCCUGCGGCUGGACAAUCACAAUCGCAAUCGCAAGCGCAGCGGCACGCAGAAGUCGAGAUCGCGUCGUUCGGGCAUUGCGGCGGAACAUUUGGCAGGUUUCAAUCCAGAUUCGCCCAUCGCAAGUACGGAGCAGUCUGACGCCGAAGCUGAAUUGGACGUCCCUCCCAAACCAGCUCGCCCACCGAAGAAGGACAAGCAGCGCCGACCAAGCUCUGGCGUGGGAGUCUCGACAAGCAAUGCUCUUGCACUUCUGAAACCGCCACCGGAUGACGCCAAGGUUGGCAGUGAAGAUCUACCAUGGCUGCGCCUGACGGAGUGGGAGAUGACCAAACUGCGCAAGAAGAUGAAGAAGAACGCUGUGUGGCAGCCCAGUGAAGUCAUGAUUCAUCGUGAAUUGGCGCUUUCUGGUCGCGGUUGGGAAGCCUACCGGGCAGCUAAAGCUCUGGCGGAGGAAACCGGUGCCGAGUUCACUGAUUGCGACAACAUCGAGAAUACACGCCGUGACGAAAUCAACAAGGAUCUUGAAGAGACCAAGCUCAGUAACCGCGGAAUGAAGCUGAACGAGGCCAAGAAACUGAAACGUGAGAUGCUGGCGCGAGAGGCGGCGGCGAACGGCGGAGAGACCCCAACCAAGCCGCUUCCUAGUUCCAUCCAAGCAACUCCAGCUAAUCGAUCUUCACGAAAGCGGAAGCGGGAUGAGGUUGUUGUUGAGGAGGAGGAACAGGAAGAAGAAGAGGAGGCUGGAGUUGCUCCUGCUCCUGCUCUUGCCCCUGCUGUAGCAGAAACUCUGGCCCCUGAGCCUGAAUCUGCGCCUGCACCCACAUCUGCCCUGGCUCCCUCGUCAAGGCGUCGGAGAUCCAGCCGAGGAGCCACCACCAACGGCUCGGCAGAUGGGGCUGCACCUGUCGCUCCCAUCAAGAUCCGAACGUCACCCGCAGCUGAAGCCAGGGUUUCACCUCAUCUACCAUCUCCAACUGGAUCGCGUCGUUCGACAAGAUCAGUCGUGCAGCCUGUUACCACACCAACACCACCAGUCACCAGGCCUUCAUCAAGGCGCUCGGCAGCUGCCGCAUCGAUUGAGCUGGGAGGCCUGGGAGCAGCCUCCAUCUCCGCCGUCCCUGGCGGACGAGACUUGCGCAUUAAAAGCGCCACCCCUGCACGCAAGACCCCCAUCCGAGAGACAUCUCAUGCACCUAGUGUCCCCGGGCCAAACCGAAAACGCAAGCGCCCUGCCCCGGGACCUAUUUCUUCUGGCCAAGACGGCGGCGCAGCCGUUAGUUACGGGCGUCGCAAAGCUAAGCCAGGCAAGAAACGCAUUAACAUCAACAACUCGCAGGACAUUCGGGUAGAUGAGGAUGGUGUGCUGGAAGAGAUUGAUGCCAGUGAGCCGCGGUAUUGCCUCUGUGGGGACGUGAGUUUCGGAACGAUGAUCUGUUGUGAGAACCAGGAUUGCGAAUAUGUGUGGUUUCACCUGGACUGCGUUGGCCUUUCUGAUGUCCCCUCGCGCACAGCUAAAUGGUACUGCCCCGAGUGCCGCGUCAAGUUCGACAAGGGGACCGACGGCAUUGUCAAGGGCGGAUCUCGGCGCUGA